GUGUUACGUCAGCUUGAACGUAAAAACCUUAAGAGUUGCCCCAAAACGCAGUUAUGUUUAGCAAUAUCGAUCGCUGAAUAGCUUACCGACAUUUCAGCAUGCCCGAAUGACUGCUACAAGUCGUUUUACAAAUAAGUCAAAGAAACGCCGAAGCAUGCGCUCGGCAUUGAGAUUUGCGACGUUUUCGUCGUCUACAUUGACAUUACGGUUUCUUGUUCCUAAUUCAUACCGUUAUAUAAAAUUGUUACAAUGACAGAUGGCACAGGUAAGAAGCCGAGCAAUGCCGAUGGAGUGCUGCCGGAAGUGGAGCCACUCGUGCGUAGUGAAUAUCGGCAUAUCCGCUCGGCUAGCGGCUACUUCGAGCCACCGUUUCAUCAUCCCGUUAAUUCCACGCCGACCGCCGAAGCUGAUACCGUGGUCCAGACGAAAAACGGGAAUGCACCGAAAGCGCAAAUCGAAGAGGAAACCAUGGAUGACCAUAAGCGCUCUACCAAAUCGAAUGCCAAAGCGGCCUAUUCAACUUGCCGGUACUUCAGCUGUCUUUAUGCGCUCGUUGUCAUCGUACUUUCGGCAGCCUUUCCGCUGGCCGAAAUUAUAUCGCUGGAAAUAAGACCUCUGUUUUACGAGAGUUUUUAUUUGUAUUUGUACGGAGUAUCCCUGCUCUUCCUGAUCUUCGCCUAUGGCUUUCUCUUCCAAAGCGGUCGCCGGCAGAAAGUCUAUCUGAUCUCAUGGGCCCGGCGCAAUACGACAUCAUCCUCCAUUAGCCGACAUCAUGACAACCAGGAAGAUCCUUAUUGUGACUUCCUGUCCGACCGGAGCCACGCGUCCAGCAGUGGAAGUUUCUAUUUGCGACUGGGAGCAAUGAUAUUUGGAGUGGGUGCAAUGCUAUAUUCCGUGCUGGAAUUCGGACAAUAUUUUGAGAUUCCCUUCGGUUCCCACUGUGAUGAUAUCCUGACGGCCAUUACACCGGCAGCCAGAUUUGUUUUCUCAUUUGCACAACUUUAUCUGGUAUUUUUGAACAGCAAAAUUCGAACUGACCGAUACAACGUCUUUGCCAGCUUUGGAUUUAUGCAUAUGUUUGCAACGAACAUAUCUGUCUGGCUGAGCGUAUUAAUCGAGGAAACUAAGCAUCAAUUCGAAAUCAGUAUCUUUGAGCCGGAAAAGCUGCGUCCGCCGGGCAUUGCCGUUGCGGAUGUGCCGGAAAUGUUCUUCUCCGUGAAGCCGUUCGCUUCAUUGCGCGCCAACGUGACCGCACAAGGGAAUUUCACCCAAAGCUCUAGGAUCAGUGCUGUGCCCAACAAAGUACAACAUCGAUUACAGAGCUACUUAAGUGGCAUCGUGGACUCCUUGGUCAACAUUUCUAACGAGUACGAAGCUUCCUGCCGGUCGACGACAACCGUUGGCUCCAUUAUGCAACAGGCUAGCCCGUUCUUGUAUCCGUGUAUUGUGGAGAACAGCCUGAUUUGUGCGGCUCUGCUGUACAUGAUGUGGAGCGGAUUGAAACAUCGCCGGUUCAAGUACAACAGCAGCACCGAUGCGGAUAAUAAAAACAAACACCAGUUCUCCGUAAACUGUCACAAUGCGACGCGGGGGCUAUUUCUGGGAUUGUUAAUGGUUGUUAUGACUAUUAUGAGUAUGGUGCUGUUUUUCGUCUGGAUCCGUAUGACCGACUACUACACAUUAGCCAUCUUCCAGGCGUAUGUUAUGGAGUGCAUCCUGUACACGACCUCCACAUUAGCGGUUUGCGUUGCCUUCGUGCGCAUUAAUGCACUCAAGUACAAAAGCCACGGAAGCUCACGGAUAGAUGACAAUCUGCUGAUCAUCUCCCAAAUGGGUGUAUACGUAUUCCCGGUCUUCGUACUGAUUUCCGGUCACCACACCAUUAUGGAUAAUCCCACGAAAGAGAAUAUCAGCGCAUUGGUCUGUGCCGGUCUGGAAAUAAUCCAGUCCACGCUGCAGACGCUCUUCCUGCUGGAUGCUACGCGCCGGCGACCCAAUAAACAGCGGCACGUAGACGAUAAGCCGGGACGGGAAAUGGUCACUUUCCUGCUGGUGUGCAAUUUCAGUUUCUGGGCCGUUGACUCUCUGGAAGCCUGGCGCCACCAGCUGUAUCCCAUACAAAUUCGUUUCUACGGUAUUUGGACGUGGACACUGAUCACGCACGUAUCCAUGCCGCUUCUGAUAUUCUACCGGUUUCACUCAAGUGUGUGUCUUUCUGAAGUAUGGAAAAAUGCGUAUAAAAUAAAAUCCCCGGCCAUCAAAACCAAAGAAAUAUAGCUUGAAAAAUAUUUUUCCGCCACAUUUUUUUGUUGUUGUUGAUUACUUACUGCAUUGUUUCUGCUGUGCCUUUUUCGAUUUGUAUUUAAACGUUUUGGUUUGAAGUUUUGUGUGAAUUGUGUAAAAAUAUAAUUGUACAAAAACACAUGAUAUGAUGCUCUUCAUUAUCCC